AUGGCAGACGAGAAGGAUAUUCCAAAUCUUGACGUUCCAAAAAGUGACAAUCUUGAUUCCCAAAAUGUUACUAUCAGUAUUGACAAGAGUCUAUUGAUCGAUUUACAACAGCUUUCAAUUGGACCUAUUAUCAGUGAAGCUCGUUAUUCUGUGGUUUACCAAGGAUUAUAUAAAUCACAGCCUGUUGCGAUAAAAGUAAUACAGCCAGAGAAAUGCUCAAAUGUAAGUCCCGAGAGGAAGGUGAAAUUUGAAAGGGAAAUUACGAUGCUAUCUAGAGUGAAGCAUGACAACAUUAUGAAGUUUAUUGGUGUCUCCAUGGAACCAGCUUUGAUAUUAGUCACGGAGUUAAUGAAAGGGGACACACUUCAGAAGUACUUGUGGAGCAUCCGACCACAUUGUCCGGAUUUGAACCUUUCUCUAAGUUUUGCAUUGGGAAUUUCUCGGGCAAUGGAGUAUUUGCAUGCCAUUGGCAUCAUUCACCGUGAUCUGAAGCCAAGUAAUCUACUCCUCACAGAAGACAAGACAAGAAUUAAACUAGCUGACUUUGGGUUAGCUAGGGUGGUGGCAGAAACUGAAAUGACCGCAGAAGCUGGUACAUAUCGCUGGAUGGCUCCUGAGUUAUUGUACACAGAACCAGCUGAUUAUGGGGCAAAGAAACACUACAAUCAUAAAGUAGAUGUCUACAGUUUCUCGAUGGUUCUAUGGGAGCUACUCACCAACGACACUCCAUUCAAGGGAAAAACCGACAUAAUGGCAGCGGAUGCUACAGCUAAAAAUUUAAGGCCUAGCACGGAUAACAUUCCUAAGGAGAUUUUACCCCUCAUUAGCUCCUGCUGGUCGGAGGAUCCAGCAGAUCGACCAGAAUUUGCGCAAAUAUCAGAUAUCCUUGCAAACAUCCUUGGCGACGCAUAUAUCCCACAGAUGAUAACUCCAGAUCUUGCUGAGGGGGAGCAACCUGAUGCAUAUACUCCGCAAACCAUAACUCCAAACCUCUCUGAUGUAGGUCAAUCCGCGAGCCAAGAGAUUGCUAAUUCUCCUGGCACCAGCAGUUUGAUGGAUAAGGGUGCGGAAAAUAAGAAGAAGAAAAGCAAGAGUUGGUUAUGCUGUUUCAAGAGUGGCUACAAUGACAAUCUCCAAUAA